UUUACGAAUAAAUCAAGUUAAAUUGGUAGUUUUUAAAUACAAUUUACUAAAUACAGAAAUAUUAUGAAUGCCUUUACUGAUUGAGAAGAAUCAUUGUUUAGGCAAUUGAUCCAAAACUUCAUCAGUUUUCGUGCCAAAUUUUAAGUCGUACUUAAAUGAAUGACCGUGAUUUGCAGUGAACGAUAACCUUGUACAUAAUUUAUUAUUAUUUCUUAAGUGAAAUUCUACGAUGUUACGAAGUUUAAAAAUGAUUAAAUUUUUACAUCGUGCCAAUAAUUUACUUUCACUGGAGAAGAGUAGUGAAAUCGGUCAAAAUGUCUGUUGCAAUUUCUUUUGGAGCCAAGCAAACGUUAGGUUAAAUAAUACAAUAAGUUCAAUAACCAUCGAUGAAGAUGAGAACAAAAGACCAAAGACUGUAAGAAUUCCUAAAAUUACGCUUAUAUUACCCGAUGAAAGUGUAAUCAUUACCGAAUUAACGGAUGCUGAAAAGCUUGCCAAACGACGGAAUCUAAUACUAGAUAAAUUGAACUAUGAUUAUAAAUCCAACCGAGAAGUUUACAAACUUUGUAAGAAUACAGAUUAUACUAGUCCAAAAGAUGAGAAACCUAUUAAAGAAAAGAGUAUGCUUAAGGGACAGAAGUUAUUUUUUAUAACAUGUAAAAUUAACUAUCAUGAUUUAGACAUAAAAAUAAAUAACAUUAAUAAAUUAUUAGAAAAAAAACAUGAAGUUAAAUUAAUACUUACUCUCAGAGGAGAUAAAGAGGAAAAAUCGUUUCAAAGAAUAAAGAAAAAUAUAAAGGGAAACUUAUUGCAAGAGAAAUUCAAGGGAAAAACUGUUAAUCUUCUAUAUGCUCCUUUAUUGAGUAAUGAAAUUGAUAAUUCAGAAAAAAAUGAUGAUUCCGAUAACAUUAAAUUGAAAGAAACUUAAGUUUUGCAAGUAGUAAUACAGCUUGUUAUAAAAUUAUACAAUAAUAUAUUAUAAUAAAUAUUAUGUAGAUAUGUGUUGUAUAAUGUGAAUAUCAAUAUUAUGGAAACCUAGAACAAUUUACAUUUUAUUUAUGGGGGAUUCAUUAUAUGUAUAUUAUAUUUUGUUGAUAAACUAAAAGAAUAUACAUAUAAUUUUUAACAAUCUAAUUGAGAAUAUGAAAUGACAAAAUGAACAGUAUUUUUCUGUAUUAUUGUACAAGAUUUUAUAUCUUACAAAGUACUAAAAUGAGAUUCAAAACUACUUCUUGCUUGUAAAACAAAACGUUCUAUUGUAAUUUAUUAUUAACACUGUAUCCGCACGGGGAAAAGGAACAGAGUUUUGAACUUCAUUUUAUUUAUCAUUAUCAUUAUUGUCAAGUAAGAGUAAAUAGAAUACUGUGAUAAUGUUUUUUACUUAAUAAUAAAUAAGCAUCUUAUUAUUUAUCGAUAUGUUACCUAUACGUAAGAACAAUUAAUGAUCAUUGUCAACAAAUAUUUUUUCCAAUACUUGUUCAACUUGCCUAAUUGAUUUUAUUUAAAUCUUAACAAUGUAUAAUUUUAAUAGAUCGUAUCGAAAUAUUUGGUCUUAAAUUGAGAUCUAUAUUUCCUUAAAUCUUAUGUUAUAAAUGCCAUAAAUAUAUAUUUUAUAAUACUUGUACAGACAAAUAUGAAUUACUGUUAUAAGUGGGCUAUAUUGGUCGAUAAAACAUUUGAGAAACUGCACUUCCAAAUAUUUAAUAUGUACCUUUUUACAUAACAUAUUCUUUUCUGGUAUGUUUGUUUCUUCCAUGGAAUUUUGUUAAUUUUAGUUACAUCUAAUUAUUUGAAUAUUAAAUAUCUAUUAUGAUUAUACCGUGAUAAAUUAUAUUUUUUAUAUUCAUUGACCUUAUUUUGCAAUUAAUUGGAAUACAGUUUCUUCUGACCGAAAGAACUAUCAAUAUAUCAAAAUUAAACAUCAAUUUUCUAAUAAGGCCGUAAAUAAAAUAACAUGUAUAAUAAGGAUAGGUUUCUUCCUACAAGUCUGACUGGUUAAUGAGAUUUUGCUCAGAAAUUGUGUUUGAAACACUGAAGGGUAUGAUUAGGGGAUUUUUACGGGAACGCAAUUUAUAUUUUACGAGAUAUUUAACAUAAAAAUUUUGGUGACCUGUUUAUCUAUAAAAGUGAAGAAACAGUUAUGUAAAAACAUUAAUUCAACAUUAAAUAUCUUUUGAAGUAUUAAUCAUAUUCUUAUAAAAUCAUGAUCACCAGUUUCAAUAUUUUAAAUUCUGUACAAUUUCAUUAAUCAGUUAGACUUGUACCGAGGGACGUUUCUUUGCAAAUAUUAUCUCUUUUUAAACGUUACAUAAUUAAAAUAUUUAAAACGAAGGAAAGUUACGUGAAACGUGGCACGAUUUCUCUGUGCGUUAUAUUAGACUAGUUGGUCUAAAAUUUCAUUAUAAAUAUUCUCUGUAAACUUUAUUCUACGAAUAAAGGAGAGUAAAUU